AUGGCUUUCUUUUCAUUGACCAACAGUCCAUUCUUUUCGGUAGCGUUUCGGGGAGGGGUUUGGUCCAGGAGCGCUUCUUGCUGCGCUUGGAGGAUUUCGGUGCCAGAUGGCCACGUAAAAUCUGGGUCGAGCUCGGGCGCGAUGGGCGCUUUGAACAAGGCCGCGUUGCGACCGUUAGAGAUGACGGUUUGUUCGCUGGUAGGUUUGGCUCCCCAUCGAGAGAGCAGAUCGGCUCAGCAGUUCUCUUCACCAGAGAUGUGA